AUGUUCGCCAAGCUUUUUCUUUUCGUCGCAAUUGCUCUUGCGCUUGCAUUGAAUGCUGAGGCUUUCGCCCCAGUCUCUACCAUGAGCCCUACCUUCACCACUUCUUUGUUCGCUUCCCGCGUCAACGCCAAGAAGGAAAAGAGAAAGCGCAACCGUGAAAAUAUGCGCAAGUUUUCUACCCCAGGAAAGCGUGGAACAAGCCGAAGAAAGAUCUUGAAGAAGCUACAAUCUAAUGCUGCCCGUCAAGUGGAGAAUGAAUUCAUUGCCAAGUGCUUCAUCACAGUUGCUGCACCAAACAGUGAUUCCGAUUAG